GGGCCCAAAGCCAGACCGGGCCUGCUGAGCAACAGCCCCGCACGGGCCUCCGCCUGCUCUCUAGUUCGGCGUUCGACUCGUUAGGCCUGGCCAGCGGAGCGCUGAGUAGCUGCCGGUCCCACCGCCGCUUAGGAUUUGCUGAGAUGGAAAAGGCACCCGGUCUGGCAUUCGCUACGGACACCUGGGGCCGGUUCCUGGGCUUUUCAGGGCCUGAGCCUGAGAAGCCACUCAGCGCGACAUCCUCGCUCGAUGGGUCUAGACUGAAAGCUGGCCAUGCGUAUCGAGGCGGGACGUUGUCGCUGCAGGCUGGACGAAGUGGCUGAGGGCCGGACGCGGGGCGCGUCCGCGAACUUCGUCGCUUCCGGCUUCCGGUUUGCGACCCUGUGGCCUCGGCGGAGCUGACCGACUCGCUGCUUCUGUCGGCUAAUGGUGGGGUCCAGAAAGCAAUGAUUUGUUGGGGGGACGAGCUGGACAGAAGAGUCAGUGCGAAGGUCCUAAGGUGAGAGUCCACUUGGUAUUUUGGAAGCCAGUAUGGCUAAUGCACAGUGAACUGGGGGAUGAGAAGGAAUUUCCAGAUCCUGUAGGAUCAGGAUUUGAUGUGGGUUGUAAGAAAGAGAAGUCAAAAAUGGUUUUUGGCUAGAACAAUAGGAAAGAUGAAGUUCUAGUAACCAAAAUGACAAGUAAUGAAGACGGAAUGAGUUUGGCACAGAAGUUGAUAACACCUUUAAAUAAUGGAUCAAAGAAGAAGAUACCUCCCUAAGAGAGUUCCAGUGCUAAUGUAAUCAAGAGAACACCCCCACAUCUUCGUCACGUCUACAGGGACAUCAUUAAGAAUUUUUUGGUUGAUCUCUAAUUUCAUUUUGACAAUAACAAAGACACUUCACAGACACAGGAAGGCCCUUUACUCCCUUUCUGAAAGGGGGGAAUUGUUAUGAGGCAAAUUGGCUUUAUUUUAGUGUUUUGUUUUUAAUUUAUAAAGAUGUUAGAGGACCGGAGUGUUUCAAGCUCUGCAGGUAGGCAAAUGGUGUAGGGAGAACAUCACAGGAUCUGAGGCCAGAUGUGAGAAGCCCAGCUUUAGCUAUUUAUAAGCUAAAUAAGCUUAUAAGAUCAUUCAGAGAACAUGAAAUAAUGUAUAUAAAAGCACAUUGCAAAUUCAAAAGUAGGAUAUUAGUGUUAUUCAUAAUUUUGAAUGUAUAUAAUAUCUUCUGAAGCACUUCUGCUCUCUGUUACUGUUCUCCGUUCAUCUUCAUUACUAAAGAAUAAUGUCGCUAAGAUAUUUGUCUUACUCGUUUGUUUUCGUCUAAGUUUCUUUGCAAGUAAUGCAAACUCCCAGUUGCUAUUUCCUAAUAUCAGGUUUUAAAAACUGUUUUGGUGUUUAUUUUUACUUGUCUGUGCCUAUGAAUUUUCUAAGCAAUCUCACUACUCUCAGAUGCACAGAAUUUCAGAUUCCCUAUUUAAAGGUUAAUCUUAAUUCUCUUAGUUCAUGUGGCUAAUGUUUCAUUUAAUCAGGUGUCCCAAAACUCAUCGCUAGUCACAAAUACAAAUAGCCAUAUGAAAUUCUAAUUUUGUAUACUCUGAAGAGUUCCCUUGAAGGGUAGUGAUCUCAGUAUCACUUCUAGCCUAACUGACCUCCCUGCUUCCGCCCUCAUUUACAAUCUGCUCUGACUCAACAUAGCAGUCAGAGUGAUUCUGCUACAAGAUAAAUCAGGUCAUGCCACUCUACUUAUAACCAACCGCCCCCCUCAAAUUAAAGGCCCAUCUGGCUCCCCAACCCUCACCUGCACAUCUUGUUACUUCUCUGACCUUAUCUCCUACUGCUCUGCCACCUAUUCUCUGCUCCUGUCACAAUAACACAGUUCCUCCAACAUGCGAUGCAGGUACUCUUCCUGAAGUCUUUGCGCUUGCUUUCCCUCUACUUGGCAUGCUUUUCCUCCCAUACCUACAUGGCUCACUCACUCACCUCCUUCAGGUCUUUCCUCAAAUGUAACUUUCUCAAUGAGGCUACCCCGAUUACCCUGCUUAAAAUUACAACUACUCUUCUCAGUAUGCCCUAUCCUCUUUACCUAAUUUUAUUUUUCUCAUGGCAUGUUAAAAUUGUACUAGAGUUAUUUAUUAAUAUUACUCUCCCCCCUUCUCUCUCUCUCUCUCACACACACACACACGCACACACACCUUUGCUUUGGAUUUGGAAGGUACUAGAUAGAGAAGGAGGAGAGAAAAUAAAGGAGCAGAAAUACAGAGGAAGAUAGGGCUAGUGAAAUACAAUAUAGAUUACUUAAAAUGUAGAAGGAAAAUGAACUUGAGAGUUAAAUAACACUUAAGUCAAAUCAUUUUUUGGCUUCUUGUGAGAAAAUAUAGUGAAGCGUUGAGUCAGGGAUGCCCCUAAUGGUGUGUAGCUUCCUGGGCAAACAUGUUUUGUGGGGUGCCUGUCUAUAUAAGCAAUUUUAUUAAAAGAUGUAUUUUAAAAAUUCAUGGGCCAAGUAAGAUAUGAUGAUUUACUGAUGAAGAUUUAAAAUAGAGACACGUAUGCAUUUGUUUAUUUAAUCAGUGAGCAUGAAGAUUCUCUGUAGUGUCCAUGCACCAUCUCUUCAUGUUCUUUAUCAUUAAAUGCACUGUUCCUGUCUAGCUGCCUAUCUCCCACCAUGGAAAAAAAAAAAGUAGCAGUGCUGUUACUACUCAGAAUGCCAUGACUCUUUGUAACUUCUACUGAAACAAUACAGUUCUUGCUUCUGCUGUAUCCUAAUGCCAUUAAGGUAAUGUUGGUCAUAUCAUUUUCAUUAAGUUCCAUCAUCCAUCAUGGGCUCCCGAAUCCUGGCUUCCAGUGAUUUUCUCAAAGAAUGUGCUCUCUUGUUGAUGUCCACAAAUGCAAGUCUUAACCAAAGUAUGCCGGAAAAUCUCAGCAAAGAACAGCAGGAGAGUGCAGAAGUGGCACUCUUGUCUCCAAGGAAGAAGGAACGUGCAAAAACAGGACAACAGGGAUGGAUACACCUCUAAAGUAAAAGCCGACGAAAAGAAAUCAAAGAUCGCAUUCUUCAUCUCUCAAGCACCAUGUCUCGCCCUGCACACAGAAGACCAGAAUACCAUAAAAUCAACAAAGAUCUCUUUGUCCUCACCUAUGGAGCUCUGGUUGCCCAACUGUGUAAAGAUUAUGAAAAAGAUGAAGAUGUGAACAAAUAUUUAGAUAAAAUGGGAUAUGGCAUUGGAACACGGCUGGUGGAAGACUUUUUGGCUCGAUCUUGUGUAAGAAGAUGCCAUAGUUAUUCAGAAAUUACAGACAUAAUUGCCCAGGUUGCCUUUAAGAUGUACUUGGGGAUUACACCAAGUGUGACCUGUAACAAUUCAAGCAGGACUGAAUUUUCCCUGAUCCUAGACAAGAAUCCGCUGGUGGAGUUUGUGGAAGAGCUCCCCGCCGGGCGAUCCUCUCUGUGCUACUGCAAUUUACUCUGUGGGAUUAUCAGAGGUGCCCUGGAAAUGAUUCAUUUGGCUGCUGAUGUUACAUUCUUGCAAGACAGACUGAAAGGCGACCGUGUGACAGAAAUAGGAAUAACAUUUCUGAGAAAGCUAGAUGAGAAAAAAUACAGACGGAAAAAAUGAAGCAUUGCAUGCACAAUGCCACAGGGGGGCCAACUGAGGAUUAAUAUUAUCUAAACAUACAGAGCCAUAGAAAUUUUGAAUUGUUUAAUAAUAGCAUGGGCUUUAAAAGGCUUAUAUAUCAGCCAGAAAUUUGAAGUGCAGGGCACUAGGUUUUAAAGAUUUUUUUUCUUUGCUGAUAAAUUAUACAUUUUCAAUCUUAUGUCCAUUAGAUUUCAUAUACAAAUAACUCCUUAUAAGAUAGCAUACAUGAAUUCACAUAUCAUAUAGCCCAUCCUAACAGAGUCCAGUGAUUUCAUUUACUUAUGGUAAUGGGAAAAAAAAAAGCAUACAAACUACACAGUUGGUGUAUCCAUCCAUUCUCAUUGGAAAAAAUAGAUAAAUGAUACAAUAUAGAGUUCACGAUAUAGAGACAAUUUCUAGAUACUGUAUAUUGCAUUCUCUAUAGAAACAGUGCCAUUUAUAACACUUUUCUAUAUUUUUGAGUAACUGUGGGUAUGAUUUCUUUCAUAUAUUGGCUUGGUUUGUCACUUCAGCCUCCUGAAGCUGCUCUCUCUUGAUUUAUAAUUACCAAGGCAAGCUGUUUAUUUGCACGCUAAUUCUGAAAUAUUUUUAAGGAGCAUUUAGUUUUAAUUCAUGUAACUUUUAGAUAGUAUUAACCAAAUGUCUUCCUAUUCUCAUGAAACAUUGCUGAUGGUCAGGCCAGGAAACCUCUAAAAUGAGAGGUAAAUAAUGUUUUUUGAAAAUACUUUCUUACCCCAAAGCGUAUUCAGUUAGAAUUUUUGCUGUCAUUUUUAUCCCCUAAAAAAACCUUACAAAGCAUGCUUUGACUGUGACCAGAACAUAUUUUUUUUUUUAAAGAUUUUAUUUAUUUA